UAGAGAGAGAAAAGGAAGCGGCUUUUUUAUUUUGUUAGGGAAACAACAAGUAAAGCUGAGGAUUCAGUUUGGGGGAUUGCUUGCUCAUCACCGGUUCUGAUUGGUUAAGAUAACCACAACUACAACAUGACGACCAAAGAUCGAAACCUAACGCGGACACUAUAAAAGGCACAGAGUUCACAGUUCGAACCUGUAACGGCCUUAUGCUCCAUCUUGAGUCCGUUAGCGUUCCGUGCAUUAUCAAACGGACCUUACAGAGAUCUCGACAUGCCAAGGAGCUCCACGGCCAUCAGAGGAGACGGCUCAAAGAAGAGGAGAAGAAAGCCUGGUCUUUCUAACCCUAGACAAAGCAGCGCCGUAACCCUAGAUCAAAACACCACUGAUGGAGAAAUUUGGGGUUCUUCAAUGGCGGGCACCAAUGAGAAUGACGCUCCUACUUCUUUGCUCGAGCUUUCUGAGAAUUUUGAUGGACACGUUCAAGGUUCUUUGGUGACGGGUACCAGUGAAAGAGGAGUUCCCAUUAAAGGAGACGGCCCUAAGAAGAGGGGAAGGAAGCCUGGCGUUUCUCACCCUAGAAGAUGUGAAACCAAAACCCUAGCUCAAAGCACCAUUGAUGAAGAGAUUCCUGCAAUGGCGGGAAACGGUGACACUGAAGCUCCAGUCAAAGGAGACUGCCCGAGGAAGAGGGGAAGGAAGCCUGGGGUUUCAUAUCCUAUAAAAAGCAAAGCCAGAGCCCUAAAUCAAGACACCGUUGAUGAAGAGAGUCACGGUUCUUCAAUGGCGAGCGACAGUGAUAAUGGGGCUCCUGUUGCUUUGUUUGAGUCUUCUGAGAAGUUUUUGAAGUUUUGUGACCAGUUAUGGCUCAUGUAUGGAGCCUCUGUUGAUGAUUCAAGAUGGGCACAAGCGAAGGAACGGUUCUCCUCAUCUGUGAAUUUUGUACAAGAAUGGAGGCAAUAUUGGAAUGAAGAAUCAAAAACUUUACGAUUCAUUCAUGAAGGUGGAUCUCAACAUGUAAAUGACAAUAAAAAAGUGAUUGUCCUGCCUCAGUUUUCUUCAGCGGCUGUCCCUAAGAUUGAGAAAGUAUCACCUGAGAUCACCAAAAUCACAAAUUCUAGUAAUGAUUUUGUAAUGCAAGUUGGUGGAUCAGUAUGGGCAUUAGAUUGGUGUCCCAAAACUCAUCAAGGGCCUCAAAGUCUUGUUAAGUGUGAGUAUCUUGCAAUUUCUGCUCAUCCUCCUGAUUGUUCAUUUCACAAGAUUGGCGUCCCAUUGAGUGGGAGAGGCAUGAUCCAGUUAUGGUCACUUCUGAAUGUUAGUACAAAAGGGGAUUCUCUAUUGCCACAAAAAUCAAGAGUAAGAAAGAUGACAGAUAGAAGCGAAACUGUAGAUGAUGUGAUGGAAGGUACAUGUGGGAGGGCAUGGACGUUGAAUGAAGGUUCUAUGCCUGGAACUAGCAAUAUUGUUGGUGGGCCAACGACAACAACCCAUAUUGGCUUUAACCACACAGAUUCUUCAUACCUUCAAGACACUGUGGUUUCUAAGGGCAAGAGCAGAAUCAAAGAUAAAGCAAGGGCAAAGGCAUCUGAUAAUAUUUCUCAGAUGGGAUCAUUGGCUUUGAUUGAGAUGAAUAAAACUUCUACGGCUCAAAUGUAUGGUAAUAAGAAUGGUGCUAUUACAAAGGUUGAUUCAGUAAGUGCUGUUUUAUCAAAGGAGCUUGCUUAUCCUAGGAUCGCGCUAUGCUUGACCCAUGAAGGAAAAGUGGCCUGGGAUGUGAAAUGGAGACCACCGAAUGGGAAAGACAUGGAAAACGAUGAGAGCCUGGGCUUCAUGGCUGUAGUAUUGGGAGAUGGUUCUAUUCAAGUAUGGGAAAUCCCGUCUCCAGUUAUGCUCAAGAGUUUGUAUGGUUGUAAAAGUCGAAAGGGGACUGAUCCCCGUUUUGUGAAGUUACUGCCUGUUUUUAAAUGCUCAAAGUUGCAAUGUGGGAAUAGGCAGAGUAUACCUCUUACGGUGGAGUGGUCACCAACAAUUCCUCACGAUCUAAUUUUAGUGGGUUGCCAUGAUGGAAUGGUUGCUUUGUGGAAGUUUUCUGCAAGUGGUUCCUCCAAAGAUACAAGGCCCAUACUUUGCUUUACAGCUGAUGAUCUCCCUAUCAGAGCUCUUGCUUGGUGUCCAGCUGAAAGUGAUGAGGAGAGCUCAAUUUUUUUUGCAACUGCUGGUCACAGCGGCAGCUUGAGAUUUUGGGACAUACGUGAUCCCUUCCGCCCUUUGUGGGAUCUUCACUUGUCACGAGCAGUCAUUUUGAGCAUAGACUGGUCAAAAGACCCAAGAUGUGUUAUACUAUCCUUAGAUGAUGGUUCUCUACGUAUUUUGAGCUUGUUGAAUGCCACAUCUCAUGUUCCUGUUACUGGGAAACCGUUCGUUGGAACACCACUUCAAGGACUGCAAAGUUAUUUUUGUUCCCCAUUUGCAAUUUGGAGCGUGCAAAUUUCUCAGGCAACUGGUUUGGUUGCAUACUGUGGUGUGGAAGGUUCUGCCAUACGAUUCCAGCUCACAAGCAAAGCAGUGGACAAAGGAUCAAGGCGAUAUCGCACCCUCCACUAUCUUUCUGGAUCAAUUUGUGAAGAAGGUUCGAUUCUUAAGAUCAUGACUGCUCCCCCUGAUAAACCAGUUCGAAUAAAGCUAUCUGCUAAUGAAUUUUGCGAUACCCCGACAUCUGUUCGUGUGCUUCCACCUGAUGGUGAUGGGCCUAGCACACCCACCCUAUCAAGUUCGAAGAAGAGGCAAACAAGCAAGCCAAAUGUUGGUAAACAAAGAGAGGAAGGAGCAGGUAGCCAAGGACCAGUGGAAGAAGCAGCAGCCGCGAUAGGAACGAUUGAGAGUGGAAUGGGCGAGGAAAUGAGAUCAGAUAUGAGGAAGAUUGGAGUGGGAGAAACCAGUGAGACAAUUUUAACCUUCCCUCCGAAGAUCGUCGCUAUGCAUAGGGUGAGAUGGAACAAUAACAAGGGUAGCGAGAGAUGGCUUUGCUUUGGAGGAGCGGCCGGAAUUGUUCGUUGCCAAGAGAUCCCCUUGCCUAUGGCCCUCAAAUAAUAGCUUCUCAUACCAUGCAGCACGUACUGUGGCUUUGUUUGUUAUUUAGUUUGCAUUACAUAAUUGUAAUAAUAAAAUGUAAUUAUUAUUAUUAUUAUUAUUAUUAUUAUUAUUAUUAUGUUUGUUUCAAUGUAUAUAUCUUCCUUUUA